CUCUACGCGCCUCCACCCGCUCCGAAUCGCUCGGCCGCUGGUUCGGAACGGUCUCAAUCAGUCUCAAUCUUGGCUGACUUUCCUCUCUUGACGUGUGUCCCUCUGAACCGCUCGUCCGCGUCGAUACGCAGCCGGGAAGCCCCUAGAAUAUAGUGGCAUCGUCGAUUACCGAUUCCGAAGUCGAAGGUAACAAACAAACGUUGCGUGGCCUAAGCUGAUCGGGCGUAAGUCUGCCUGAUCCUCAUCGUUCUUUGUGACUCAAGUUGGAGACAGCUGGAAAGUGGCAGCUUUGGUGUUGACCUCGUCACCGGAGGCAGUUCAACCUCGUCCAGGAUCUAGAUUUCUCCAGCACCUACUUGGAAAAUAGUGUUUUACGGUACCGGAAGAAGGAUCUCAGUGGAAUUAACAACGUCCUGCAGAUCCACGGUCCACAGUCGCCUCAGCAAGAGGACUCAGUGUACGCAAUCGCCGGUCGUUCCGCGCCGCGACACCGUUCCUGAAGAUGUAACACCAAGUGUGCAUCACCUGGCGACAGUGUGAACAGUGCUCGACCGUUAAAAACACCGCUAAGUGUCAGUGUACCCAAAACUCUAAAACCCCGAGACGCUGCACGCAGCUGGACCAGCCCGAGGAGGCGUCGUAGCCGAGAUCAGUGUCGUGUAAAUGCAACUGCCGGUGAUUCUAUGAAUCACGAGGACCUGCAGAAGACGAGGAUGGUAUCGCACGUUAUUCCCGUUGCAGGGGAACUGCAACAGGGUAAUGGAAGCCUAGGGGUAGGUCUGGGCAGUAUGCAGGAGUCCUCUCAUCCCCUGAAGAUCAAGCAGGAGCCAUUCCAGGUGUCCCCGUCCUCCCCGCUGCCGUCUCUUCAUCAAGUGAGCAGCUUCGUGUCGGAGAUGCAGAAUGGUUGCAUGGGUGCGUCGUCCAAGGAUCUAGACCCUGUGAGCCUGGGCAGGAGUCUGGCGUCUCAUCACGGCUCGCUGAGCCAUCAUCACUCCCAUCAUAGUCUGCACAGUUCCUCUUCAGGGGUGUCGAUACACUCUGGCUCCGGUCCUCAUCAUCUGGACGAAAAGGGAUCCUCUCCUACGGGUGGUCUGCACAGUACCAGCAACGGCAACCCGUCGACGCCGUCGGCACCGUCCACGCCGACCACAGUGGCGGACGCGUCCGCCACGAGGUCCGGGACCGAGACUGGCAACAGCAGCAACGACUCUGCGAACAAGAAGCCCCCGUUCAGCUACGUGGCCCUCAUAGCGAUGGCGAUACAGCACAGCGGUCAGAAGAGGGCGACCCUCAGCGAAAUCUACGCGUACAUCACCACCAGGUUUCCUUACUUCCAGAAGAACAAGAAAGGCUGGCAGAACUCCAUCAGACACAACUUGUCCUUGAAUGAGUGCUUCCAGAAGGUGCCGCGCGACGGCGGCGGUGAGAAGAAGGGGAACUUCUGGAUCCUUGAUCCCCAGUACGCUGACAUGUUCGAGAACGGCAACUACAGAAGGCGUAGACGCAUGAAGCGGCCAAGCAGGAACACCAUAUACCACAAACCCUUGUAUGGUGAUCCUUACUCCACGACGCAUGUCCAUCUGGGUCCUAGGAAUCUUCUCGGCCACUCACCGCCGUCCUACGCUCCGUCUACCUACACAAGAUACGACACUGGUGCUUGGAGCCUGCAACAGUCCCAGCUCUCCUACAGCCACUGCCAGUCACAUCUGUUGCAGCUGCAGCCACAAUUGCAGCCGAUGCAGUCCAUGCAGAUACCAACCAUGAACGGCUACAGCCAGCUGGGCACUUCCUUAAUGUUUCAAGGCAAUUACCUGGAUGUUCCAGGUGGAACAGCGAGUUCUCCAGGCUCCAUGGGCAGCGGUUCCUUUGGCAGCAGCUUCACCACCUGUGCCAGGAGACACGAAGCUGCCAUAUCUACAGAAACCAUGUCCGCUAGAUGUUACUGGCCUGAAAUGGUGAACGUUAAGGAAGAGCCAGGAAGCGUAGCAGUGUCCAGCACAGGUGUCACUGGUGUCGGUGUCCCUUCUGGCAUGAUGGGCUCCACUGCUCCAACAGGGGUCUCCACGACAGCCUUCGCUCCAAUGGAGUUCCAGUCGCGGUCAAAGUGCUUCAUGUGAACGGAUGCAGCCUCUGAAGAGCUCCUAGCCCACUCUUCUAUCACAGCUGCUGGGACUCCCCUCGCGUUCAACCAAUAAAGAACAAACUCGACUGGGCCCUGGACAGCUUCCACAGAGAAAGAGAGUCGAGUGUACCGUCAGUUACAGGGAACCUGGCACUCGUGAUGUCACAGGAGCGGAGACAGUGGGUUUGAGACGUCCAACGGCGAGUUUGGAAACGGCUCUCUCAUUAGUGUGCGCGGACGCCUUAGCCAAUCGUAUACCAGAACCGGGAAUUCACGCGAGGAAGGCGUGCCCCUUCGAAUUUGACCACUGAGGCGAAAGCGCCAGAUUCCCUGCAACGGACGGUAAAUUCGCGUUCUCAUUAGCAAGCUUCUCGCAGGACAUCGGACCCGUGAAGACCGACGAGAAGUGUAACGCGGCAUUUGCCACUAAACAGACCUCCGUCUUCAGUGUUUACUGCUACACAGUAUUCGAUAUUUAAAGGACAACGUUCGUUCGACGAGAACAGCUACGUUAAUCGUCAGUUAAUUAGCAUAAGCGAGGCGGCGAGCUUCCUAUACGCAUACAUAUUUGGUUCGUAGAGGCGAACGCGCGCAAACUGCGGAUCUUUAUGGAGUAUCCAUGUUUUUCUAUUAUCUUUGUAAAACCGAGGGAACGAGUCCUUGUCUCCUCCGUCGAAGGCCUCCGGUUCUGCCAAUUUGACGUUCAGUUUAGCGACCGAUUUCUAUCUGUAUUUCAUGUAAACAUCCGCAGUCUGCUUCUCGGUGUAUGUCUAGAUAAUAUACUACAGAGAACUCGAUGUACAUAAUCUAUCCGACAGCCGGAGUGUAUGACUACUGACUGCCCGUCUUCAGAUUGUACGAAUCCUGGAAAAUAGGCAGUUAAAUGAUCUUGUAAUUAUGAAGAAGGAAAUAAAUCUUAAUU